GCUGCACAUUACCUUGACGCUCUCUCUAUGGUUACAUCUCUGUCUUGCCGAAAAGCAGACCCCCUGCGCUGCGUAUUGAAACAAAGUUACAAGUUCAACAUAUUCCCCAGUUUGGCUAGAACUUCAGGAGUAACUUUUUCAGGUGUUUGUACCGCGUAAUCACCUGGACAUGGAGUGGCGUGGACAGAAGACCGUCAGCUCUGACCUUGCCUUCUCAGAAGCCCAGAGAUGGGUUGAGGAGGUGACUCAGAAGUCUUUUGGCAGCAGCAACUUCAGGUUGGCUUUGGAGAAUGGAGUCCUUCUAUGCGAUCUGGUCAACAAGCUGAGGCCGGGGAUCAUUAAUAGGGUCAACCGACUCUCCACUCCCAUCGCUGGCCUGGACAAUGUGAACGUGUUCCUGAAGGCGUGCAGGAAGUUGGGACUAAACGAGGCUCAGCUGUUUCACCCAGGCGACCUGCAGGACGUCUCCACACGCGUCACCGUCAGGCGUGAAGAGACCAACAGACGAAUUAAAAACGUGCUCAUCACGCUCUACUGGUUGGGGAGGAAGGCCCAGGCUGACCCCUUCUACUCUGGACCCCUACUCAACCUGAAGGCCUUCGAAGGGCUACUGGGCACUACCCUUACCAAGGCGUUAGAGGAGUGGAGUCCUCGCUGGAGUGUGCGUGACAGUGGCUACAGUGAGAGCUGGUUCCCCGAUCGCGAGGAGCUGCUGGGUCUUCAGGCGACGGCCAGCUGCAAGAGCGAAGACUCCAUCGAGAGCCUGGACUCAACUGAGUCCCGUACACUUAGCGCCACAUCAGAUACCACGCUCAGGGCCGGCAGCGAAGGUUGUGGUAGCGACGCAGAGGCAGAGCAGGGUUUCAGGAUGGCGGACUCUCGUGAUGGGAGGGGGAGGGGAUACAUGCCCACGCCGCUACGGAGGAAACGCGAGCAGCACGAAGACACCAGGACCAGCCCUCUCAUCAGACUACCUUUGAGGACCUACAUAACAGUCGGGAGCAAGUCCCUGAGUGACAUCCCCUUGGGCCCGUUGUCCUCGGCACCCCCCCACCCCCCGCUCUUCCGUUCCUCGUUGACCUUUGACAUCAGUCUGGAGGCGGCGGCCGCCGGCCAGAUGAGACAGGAGCACAUGAGGCGCGUACACGGCACCGUCCGGGAGACUGACGACAAAUGGCAGGAGGACCUGAAUGCCUGGAAGAACAAGCGGCGCAGCACCAAAUCCAGCCUGCACAGGAAGACAGAAGAUGAGGACACCAACCCCAACAAGAGUGAGCGAGAGGCCCAUGGCAACUAUGUCACAGCCGCCACCUGCUACCCCGCGCAGGUAGCUCACACACCUCUCCUGCAGCAGCAGCCACAGGCACACGUACAGCCGCAGCACCAGGAGGCUUUCGUCUACACACCCCGCUUACGCGCCUCCCUGGCCCGCACUGACGCCCAGGACCUCCCCAGAGCCGGAUCCCCCUCCAGAGGACGCCCACCCUCCUCCGAGCCCGCGGCCCACGGAGAGAGCCCCUCGCUGGGCAGCCUCCCCUCGGAUCUGGCCUCUUCCCUCAACCCCAGCUCUGGGUCCCAGUUGGGAACUACAAUCGCCACCACCACCACCAUGCCAGGGCUUAUGGGAAGCAGUGGCAGCCCUGGUGGAACUGGGAUGACGUCGGGUGUGGGUACAGUUGGGGGUGCAGGUCUCCCGCUUGUACCCACAAAUCCCUCCACCCCACCCCCUGUCUCCACCACCACCACCUCCGGCGCCCCCAAGGUCCACUGGAACAGCCCCGUGUCAUCCAGCCUGACCGGAAGCCCCCUGGCAGGAAGCCGUCCAGCCAGCGCUGUCCUCUAUACAGCCACCGAGGCCCCAGACUCCCAGCACGACGACCUCCAGCACCUCCAGGGAGCAAGCUCAGGGUACAGACCGGUGACCCCAGCUGGGAAAUCCUACGACGGGGGCUCCAGGGUCUCCGCCUCCCUCCCCAGGGGGUUCCGCAGGUCUGAGGGCACCUCGUGCCUCUCGGCUGGGGUGACCCCACGGCCGUUUGGGAAGACCUCCAGGCUCUCCAUGCCUAAACUGUACUCUAAGGACGACUCUCAUAAGAGCCUGAGUGGCAUCCAGAAGACAGAGCGGCCUGCGUUCUCUAGCGUGGCUGCCCCCUACACAAAGGUCACGACCCCUGCGGAGGCUGAGCAUCCUGUUGCUCCGGCAACCCAGAGCAGCCCCAAGCAGCAGGAGAGCAGGGAAGAGGAGACGGGGCUGACGGUUGGACGGAUCUCCGCCCCAGUUAACCAAUCAUCUCCCAAGUUCACGGCGUCGCUUCCUGAUUACACGUCUGGGCCUCCUGUCGUGGAGAGUGAGGUACUGCACAGUGACAUGCGAGUCAGUCUGAACCAGAGACCCAACAGCGGUACAGACUUCGGCUUCCAGACCAACUGGGACUCCACAGGCGUCCGCAUCACGUCCAUCCAGCCAGGCAGCCCGGCGGAGCAGUGCCACCUGCGCGUGGGCGAUGAGCUCCUGUCGGUGAACGGGCAGCGCGUGGCACAGCUGAACUACACCCAGUGGAAGGGCACCAUGGCCGACGCCCUCGCCAAGGGCACGCUACUGAUGGACGUCAGGCGACACGGACACUCGGACUGGGACCUGAGCGGCCAUCCUUCCCUGCAGUAUAAAAGCCAUAAGACCCUCAAUCUCACCACUGCGGAUUCGACACUUGUAGGUCGGCCCGAGCGCUACAUCAACGUCAGCCAGGAGCCCAGUGUUGCAGCCGCAGCACCCUCUAGUGCCAGUCACAUGACCAACGGCCUGACCAACAAUGGUGUGGAACCUGCCGCAAUGAAUGGUGGUUACCAUGACAAUACUGAACCUAUGAGGAAUAAAGGAGGGUCCGAGUCAGCCAUAUCUGACUUGCAGGUGCCGUCCAUCAGUGCGUCAUCGUCACGCUGGUCCUGGGACCCAGAGGAGGACCGCAAGAAGCACGAGAGCUGGCAGGCAGAACAGGAGCGCCUUCUUCAGGAGAAGUAUGAGCGUGAUCAGCAGAGGCUGGAGGACGAGUGGCGGAGAGCCCAACAGGAAACGGGUGGUGAUGCCAGUAACCAUGACGGCGGACUCAGGGGACCAGAGGAGCACAGGGACUUUGAGAGGGCCAAUGGCACCGCGCCCUUGCCUUAUUCCAGCCAUUCCGCUGCCUCCAGGUUUGCAGCCCCCAAUCAGCACAUCGAGGGGGAGAUCCUUGUGAAGGCCAGGGAGGGGCCAUUGCUCAACGCUGCAGCACCUCUGCCCCAGGGGGCGGGGCAUGAUGAGUAUGAAGGCUCAAACACCAAUCAGUGGCCUGAUGAGUCGUACGGCUUUGCAGCGCUCGCUCCCGCCGACAGGACGAAAUCAAAGUCUACCCCAACACUGGACUUCUUCAACAAGGAGGAAGAAGAUUCCCCGCGUGAGUUCAAUGUGGAGAAGAAGCUGGGGCAGCAGAUGUCUCAGGUGGAGUUUGAGCGGCAGCAGAUCCUGGACGAGAUGCGCAAGCGCACGCAUCUGCACAGAGACAGCAGCUGGAUCCGCCAGCGCAGCUCCAGCAGCAGCUACCAGAAGGAGCCCAUCCUCACUGGACCCUCUGUCCGGAGAUUCGAGUCCAUGGAUGACCUCCACAGCGGCAGCGGUUCCUGGACCAGGCCAUCCUCGGCCGCCUCCAACCACAUGAGACCCCACUCGGCCCUGGGCAGCUUCGGGGGAUACCGGGGCCCCACGGGCCGCUACAGCAUGGGGGCUAUGGGCAUGGGUACGGCUGGAAGCUCCUCCACCCUGCCCACCUCCCUCUCGGCCAGCUCCGUGAGACAAGGGCCAUGGACCCGGCCGGCCUCCACCUCCCCCACCCCCACACCACUCCGGGAGGAGCAGGGCGGCUUGCCACAGCGCAUGAGCAAGCCGCUGAGUGGCAGGAGGAUGUGUACGCGCUGUGAGCGCCCCCUAGCGAAGGGGGCUGCCAUGGUCAUCGAGUCCCUGGGCCUCUGCUACCACCUGGUGUGCUUCAAGUGUGUCAGCUGCAGAAGUGAGCUCCGGCGCCCAGGACCUGGUUCCCAGGUGCGAGUCCGAAACAAACAGCUAUACUGUGACUCCUGCUACGGACGACUCAGAGCCCGCCCUGCCCCCAAGUGACCAGAAUAAACCCGAACCAGGAAAUGACCUUCUCUACUGAUCUGUGAUGUUCUGAUUGAUGAUGUGGACCAAGAUCAGAGUUCUGAACAUGAUCAUCAUACCCCUGCCUCUUUAGUAAGACGUCCCCUUAAAACAGACACGCACACACGUACACACACACAUGCUUGUUAAUUUUGGCAGUGGGUAGAUGUGUUCAGUGAAAUGUUCUUUGCUCACAUAGCCAGUAAGUCUUUUUGUCUAUGGCUUUUUGUAUUGUUGAGAAGAACUUUGUUUAUGACCUGAUGAGAAUGUGUCUGCCUAUACUGUAUGUCCAGUUUGUCUGUCCAAUGGAUACAUGUGUCUGUCUGACUUUGACUGGGGAUGAAUUGAAUUGCCUUGUGUUUUACAUGUACAUGUAUGUGAAUGUAUGAAGUUUGGGUAUUCCAUUGACAUAGCUUCUUUCCUCUGAAAUGCUUAAUAUAUAUCACAUAUUUAAGUAUAUUUAAAUGCACUUGAUAGUAGGUUUGAUGCACUUUUUUAAUCUAUCACAUGAUCUAAUUCUUGAACUUAGGGAAGUGAAAAGUCUUGUAUCAUUUGGGCAUUGGAACGGGGAAAGAUUAGUGUAUUUUCAGACUUUAACAUUUGAGAAUUAUUUGUAAAUAAAAUGAUUAAAUAAUAAAAUAAGUUUUACUGAGA